GUUCAAUUCUAACGACAGUUUUUUUAUUAAAACGAAUUGAUAUAACGCUUAUUUUUCAAAUUUAAAAACAGUCUAAACAUUCCAUAGAAACAAGCAAACAUUUCUAUCCAAUUUAUUCCAUUCAUUAUUAUCAUUUAUUUUCGCUGACUUUCUUAGAAUACCGACAUGGACGGAAUCAAUCCUAAUAAUAAUGAAUAUAAAUCAGAAAAUACUGUACCACUGGUUCAAACAAAUGGAUCUCUGAGAUCUUCUUCAAUAAAAAAACCCUCUUUAACUGAUGAAGAUCUGAGAAACGCCUGUUAUGAAUAUAUCAAAGACUUUUACUGUUACGGAUCUAGAUUUAUUCGUGAUAUGGUCUUGACGGAUAUACAAAAUGAAUGUGCUUUUCAUUACACUUUGGAAUCAUUUGGCGAGAAAAGAGAAUACGCUGAAAGAACCACCAGUUAUUUUGGUCAAAGAAUAGAUGGCCCCCAUAAUGGUCCAGCUCCAGGUUUGUGGGAAAUUGAGAUAAAACCCACAGCAUUGUUCAAAGAUCACCAAGAAACUGCGGAGAUUCCCCAUACUGCGUAUGUGCAGCAUUGUGAAGCAUGCAAGUGGAAUAUGAAAGUUCGCUGCGACACAUGCUCUGGUAAAGGCGAGCACCAUUGCCUCUCAUGUCUUGGGAACGGGAAAGAAGAAGGUGGCAACAAAUGCGCAGCGUGUAAAGGCUCUGGGAAAGAAAUAUGUGAAAAAUGUCGGGGUAAAGGCCUAGUCGAAUGUGGAGCUUGCGAUGGCCAUGGAGAACUUGUACACUUUCAAGUAUUAGUUGCAACUUGGAAGACAUGCACAGAAGAUUUUAUUUCAAAUACAUCAAAUUUGCCAAAAGGUCUGAUACUCGAAGCUGAAGGAGAACAAAUUUAUAAAGAAGAAGGGAAAAUGGUUCAUCCUAUCGAUUUAGAUCUAGACAAAGAAGUGAAUGAAGCUUCAACGACCUUAAUAACGAAACACUACGCUUCAUCUGUGGACGAGGAAAUCAUUGCUCAAAGGCAUUUUCUUCGAACAGUACCUCUGACUAAAGCAACAUAUACCUGGAGAAAUAAAGAGGGUGAAUUCUACGUUUAUGGUUUGGAAAGAAAGGUCUACUUUGAAGACUACCCGCAAACUUGCGGCAACUGUAUUUGUUGUUGACAGCAAAAUGGAAAUGGAAAUUCAAUUUUGAAAAAUUACUGUAACAAAUCUCAUAUCUGUUUCUAAAGAAGAUCUGUUAAAAACAUGUUGCUAAAUCUUAGGUUACUUUCUGCUUUGAUGUUUUUUGCAAAAUAUCACGUAAAGAAUAGAUAUACUAUUCAAUGUAAAUAUCAAGAUGAGUUAUUUAUUAUAUGUAACGAUUUAUGCUGUCAUGUUAGUUGUCAGAAUAUUAAAUCUUCCAAAUAAAAACGACUUGGAAAAUGUCCAAAAAACUUUUAUACACAUUAGUGUUAUAAUUAUUUAUAUUAUUACCUUAAUUUUUUAUUAUUCACUUUGCUGGAAAAUGUUUUAAUUAAAAUAUCGCGUGUCGAAUGCUUAAAUUAAAAGACAUUUAUAUUAUUUUAAAUUAAAAUAUUAUUGAUAUCAACUGGCUGCUGCCAAAUAAACAUAAAAUAUUUACACUCAGCAUUAAACAUUCCUUUCAUACUGUCGUUGAUAUUUAGCAUUUUAUUUAAUGUUACGUAAAUAAAAAAGUACUCAUAAGUGUUUUGAAUUUUUUACUUUUAAAAACAGAAGUGUGAAAAGUUCACAUUAAUAUUCUGAACAUAGCUCUAA